AUGAAGAGGAAGGAGAGCUGUAAUGAGGGAGGUCCCUCGAAGAAGAAGAAAUGUAAUCAUCCUCCCUCCGUUGAUCCGUCCUCAAUAGUUAAUCCCACCUCCACCAAUCCAAUUGAUCCCAUUGUUGAUCCCACCUCCACCAAUCCAGUUGAUCCCUCCUUCAAUACAUCAA